GUCAUGAGAGGGAGAGAGAGACAGAUACAUAGAGAACAGAGAGCAUUGAUAAAACUGUCACAACAGUCAAACAUGUGGCUGAAACAGUUUCACUAACACAAAAUUUGCCGUGCUCGUUCACCGAACAGUCCAAAUAAAACAAAAAUCAACUGCACAGGAGAGAGAACCUAAGAUCAGUUGAAAAAAAUAACAGAAGGACACAUCACACAAGGACAGUUCAAACUGCGAGACUAGAGAUUGUCAUCCACGCAGUUAGAAUGAAUCAAUUGUCGCACUAGGAGCAACAACAACAACAUCGAUAGCAACAGCAAAAACAGCAACAGCAACAGCAACAGCAACAGCAAUUGCAAUUGAUCUUGCAUUAAUCGAGAAGUGCAGCAGCGUUAGCCAGGAUCAGGGCGAGCAUCAGAGUUGGAAUUGGAAUUUUAAUUGAAAGCGGUACAAAAAAUUCAAAGAGAGAUGCUAUUUAUGGAUGCACUGUUCAACAGCCUGCUGGUGGUCAGCUCCGGCUAUGCCAUGUAUACGCUGCAUCCAUUGCAGACACCCUAUGGCUAUGCGGCGGCGGCAUUGAGCCUGGUCCAUGGAUUGCUGGGCGUGGUGCGGGCGGUGAACAAUGACGAUGAUGAAUGCAAUCGAUUGCGCCAGAUAACUUCUGGUAUUAUGGAGCUGGUGCCACUGCCAUUAACCAAUAUUGAGCUCUAUUUGAAGUCCUCAAGCCCACACUUGGCUAUGGCGCACGGCUGCUUUUUGGUGCCGCUCACCUUCGAUUUAGUGGCUAAGUGGCGUGACGUUGAAGACAACUCAACGGUAACGCUCAAGGAUCUGACACUACUCGGUAACGUAGUGUCGCUUCUCUUUCUGGGCGUCAAUCAGUCGAGUAACAUCUAUGGGGGCAUGGCUGCAAUUGCCUUUGGGGCACGAUAUGGAUCCGUCAUGUUCGACUAUCACUGGGAGGGACUCGGAGUCCAUUUCAAUUUACUGGCCAAUUCUGCCUUUAUUAUGCUAAUGGCCAUGACACUGACCACGGCCAAAUCCUAAACAAUAUACCCAACCUAACCACCAACUGAUGAGCAGCAUCAUUUGAUCUUUUGUUUCGCACGGCUCAAGGCUAACGCAUUCGGUUCAUUGGCUCAACAAUGGCUCAAGCGACAGCAGUUGCGGCGGCGGCGGCGGCUCAAUAAACUUGCAAUUAAUGUUGGCAAAUUAAAAU